AUGUCCACGUUAUACCCUAAAGUCACUAUCAAGUUCUGUAUCAAAUGCAAAUGGCAUAAUCGUGCUAUCUGGUAUGUCCAAGAGAUUCUUCAGACAUUUCCUAGCGUCGGCGAAGUGUCACUUCAACCAACAUCAGACCCUGCGGGACUCUUUGAGAUUCAGGUGGCUGUCAAUGCAGACUCGGUCCAAACCAUCUACAAACGGAAGUUCCGUUCCAGUGCCGAUCUGCAAACAGAUGACUUUUAUUAUGACGGGUUUCCUGAUGCUAAGCUUGUGAAGGGUUUGGUUAAAAGGGCUCUUGGAGAGUCACGGGACUUGGGACACUCUGAAGGUGGUGGUUUAUUAAAUUGUGGUGAUUGCGCUGCUGAAGAUGGCAUUUGUCAAGUUGACUCAUAG